AUGCCUGAAAGUUUUAGUGAUUUGAUUAUCUAAUAGUUAAUAAAAAAACUAAAAAAUUCUCAAUAAAAAUAGAAUGAAAACACACUACUUUUGAAAUUUUAAAUGAGCAAUAAAAAAAAUGAACGUAAAAAUAAAAAGUUAUUGUCUAUAUAAAAUAUCUGAUAGAAAGCUAGACUCUUAACUAAAACUAUUGUAAACUAAAAUUUUUAAUUUAGGUUAAUAUUAUAUUAUAAAAUAGUAAAUUAAAGAAAAUGAUUA